UAUCAUCUACUUGACCUUCAUAGUCAUUACCUUCCACUUCUUCACAAAAGAGAUGGACAUCGGCAUCGUGUCUGUGGUGCUCUACUCUGUUGCACUGGUUCCAAUCGCUCUCUCUGUUGCCUUUGUUCUCCUUCUCCUGAAAACCUUCACUGGCAAGUCCCUUCGAAGCUCUAACUAUCCCCCUGUUCAUGGGACGGUCUUCGGUCAACUGUUCUACUUCAACCGGCUCUACGACUACCAAACCGGAGUUGCAAAGAGGACUACGACAUUCCGGAUCCUUGCACCAGAUCAGAGUGAGAUUUACACGGCCGAUCCAAGAAACGUCGAGCACAUAUUGAAGGCCAACUUCGAGAAGUACACGAAGGGAGAGUAUAACAAAGAUAUAGUAAAGGAUUUGUUUGGGGAGGGUAUUUUCGCAGUGGAUGGAGAGAAGUGGAAGAAGCAGAGGAAGGUUGCGAGCUUUGAGUUUGCAACAAGGGUGCUCAGAGAUUUUAGCUGUUGUGUGUUCAGACAGAAUUCUGCGAAGCUGGUCAAGGUUGUGGAGGAGUUAUCGGCUGCUUCUGAGGGAUUUGAUAUGCAAGAUUUAUUGAUGAGAUGCACCUUGGAUUCCAUCUUUAAAGUUGGAUUUGGUGUGGAACUGAAUUGCUUGGAAGGAUCAAGCAAAGAGGGGAGAGCCUUCAUGAAAGCUUUUGAUGAGGCAAGUGCACUAAUCUACUGGCGAUAUGCUGAUCCCUCUUGGAAGCUCAAAAGACUUCUCAAAAUUGGAUCAGAAGCUCGUCUUAGAAAAAACAUUAAACUCAUCGACAAUUUUGUGCAUCAACUUAUCAGAACCAAGAGGAAUCAACUCCCAGCGCAGCAAGAAUGCAAUGACAAGGAGGACAUUCUCUCGAGAUUUUUGCUUGAGAGUGAGAAAGAUCCAGGGACUAUGAAUGAUAAGUACUUGAGGGAUAUAAUUCUGAAUUUCAUGAUCGCUGGGAAAGAUACUAGCGCAAGUACCUUAUCAUGGUUCCUCUACAUGCUCUGCAAACACCCCCUAGUGCAGCACAAGAUUGUGGACGAAAUAAAGUAUGUAAUUGGAGAUCAAGCAAGUGAAGCUAACCCUGAUUGUUUCGUGGAAAGAAUAACAGAUCCGGUGCUCGACCGAAUGCACUAUCUUCAUGCCACUCUCACAGAGACUUUGAGGCUGUAUCCUGCAGUGCCCCUGGAUGGAAGAUGUGCUGAGACAGAUGAUGUUCUCCCAGAUGGCUUCCAUGUGAAAAAAGCGGAUGGCGUAUAUUACUUGGCUUACUCAAUGGCAAGAAUGCAUAACCUCUGGGGAGAAGAUGCCGAGGAUUUCAAGCCUGAAAGAUGGUUGAAGGAUGGAAUUUUCCAAAUCGAAUCACCUUUCAAAUAUGUUGCAUUCCACGCUGGUCCUAGGAUCUGCCUUGGGAAGGAUUUUGCUUAUCGCCAGAUGAAAAUAGUUUCAAUUGCUCUCCUUCACUUCUUCCGUUUCAGAUUAGCUGACGAAACUAGACCUGUAACCUACAAGGUCAUGUUCACCCUUCACAUCAACAAUGGCUUACAUCUUCGUGCUGUUCCCAGAUUGGCUACAUGAGAGCUGAAUGAUCAUUGAGUAUGGUCCAUCGCCACAUAUGGAUUUCUAAUGUUAAAUGCUAGUGGUUUUCACUGAUAAGUAAGCAUGUGUACCGCAAGAUCUUACUAUUGCAUUUAGAUGUUGGAAUAUUAAGGUGUUUUGUGUAUAUUCGAUAAAUAUUUCGUAUGUUAGGAGUUCGUCAGGCUUUGU